AUGAUUAAGAAAAUAAGAAGAUUCCCGAUAACAUCGAAUUGGCUAGAUCGGAAAGGAAGAGAGGAAUUAAUGGAGGCAAAGGAAAACACAAAAACUGAUGAAGAAGAAGAAGAAGAAGAGAGUGUAGUGUUUGAAAUUCCGCUAGGAGAAGCAGCAGGGACAUUCAGCUUAGAGAAAACGGUAUGCAGCCAUGGCUUAUUCAUGAUGUCCCCAAACCAGUGGGAUCCUCUCUCCCGAACAUUCUCUCGCCCUUUGCGUCUCUCUCUAUCUGAUUCUCAUCCUCAUGAUUCCACCGCUACUACUUGUUCACUCUCUGUCUCCAUCUCUCACCCUCCUCACCUCCCUCGCUCUCUCCUAGUGCGCGUUUAUGGCACGCCUUGUCUCUCUCCAGAGCAUCGAGAAUCACUGGUGGGUCAGGUAGUGAGGAUGCUGAGGUUGUCGGAAACAGAUGAAAGGAAUGCAAGAGAGUUUAGAAAGGUGGCAGAGGCGGCAGCGGCGGAGGAGGAAAACUAUUCUUGUUUGAGAGGAUUUGGUGGGAGAGUGUUUAGGUCUCCCACUUUGUUUGAAGAUAUGGUCAAGUGCAUUCUUCUUUGUAAUUGCCAGUAA